AUGGGCAGCGAAUUAAUUAACCUGAUCCAUCGCAACAUAAUCACCCACCUUGGACCAGACUUCAACACUUUUGUAAGUGUGAGAGGAAAAGGAAGACCAGACAUCAUAAUAGGAAAUAGAAAUAUACACAUGAAUUAUGCCAUACAAGAAGGUCCACUAACAACAUCGGAUCACAUUCCUAUUAUCUUCACCCUGGCGACGUCACCCAUCAUGAUCCCGCAAGCAAAAAUGUAUGACUAUAAAAGGGCGGACUGGGAACUAUUCAAAAGAGAUAUGGAACAACAUAUGGACCUACCUACAGAAGAAGAGCUCACAGUUAAUAAAGAAUACAUUGACAAUAAAAUCGAUAGCUGCAACCACCUUAAGCUACUAACAUGGAGAUACAGAAACAUCUUGGAGAUAAAAGAACAUCUUGGAUGGACGCCUCUUCUACGUACCCAAUAUAAGCAACUCCAGAAAGAAAUGAAGGAGGAAAGCAAAACAUUAGCCACAAACCACUGGAACAAACUUAUGGAGGAAACAGAAAUAGAACGAUCAAGAGAAGGAGGAGGUUUUUCGAAGAUUCUGGGAAAACGUUUCGAAAUCAAUGAUGAAGAUAACCGCAAUUUCGAUAUGCAACACGAAGCUAUGGUGCAAGAGUACCUCUCAAAUAAUAGAUACAGACUUCUUCCCUAUAGAGAAGCACAAGCAAUCAAACUUAGCAAUGAUAACCCUCUCACAAGACCCAUCACAACAGGGGAUAUCAAGUCUAUAAUUAAAAACUUCAAGGAUAAAGCCCCCGGCCAAAAAAUACCUGGUAAGAUCUUCGAAAAACUAAUUAAUGACAGAGUGAAAAGGCACACGGAAAACAACAGUCUAUUCAACCCAAAUCAGUAUGGAUUCAGGAAAGGAAGAGGAACACAACAGGCUAUAACUUCCAUAUACGAAACUGUAGCAAUAUCCCAAAGAAAGAGACAGCAAUGUAACAUUGUAUGUCGUGACAUAGCAAAAGCAUUUGACAAACUUUGGAAAUCAGGACUCCACUUCAAAAUUCUACAAAUAAAUCUUCCAGACAUCAUCGAAAAAAUCCUUAGCAACUUUUUAGAAGACCGCACGGCAACACUAAAGAUAGGGAACAUAGUAGGACCUAAGUUCCCCUAA